UAGUCAAUAUACAAUUAUGCAAUCUCCCUUAUCUCUUUCUGUUAUAGGUGGCUAUUAAGUAUGUGACUACCAACUUUUCAACGAGACCUCUGAAAAUUCCUGGGGAGUCCCAGCCCCUCCCUCUGGAGGUAGCCCUGAUGGAGAUGGUAUGUCGCCCCCCCACCUGCUCGCACGUCAUCCAGCUCCUGGACUGGUUUGAGGAGGCCGGCUGGAUCAUUCUGGUGAUGGAGCUGCCGUCACCCUGCCUGGACGUGUUCAGAUUCACUAGGCAGCUGGGCGGCUACAUGGAGGAGAGCUUGGCCCGGUUCGUCCUGCAGCAGGUGGUGCAGGCCACGGUGCACUGCCGGGACAGGGGCGUCCUGCACAGGGACAUUAAAUCCAGGAACCUGCUCAUACAAACCGAGGACCUGCAUGUCAAGCUCAUUGACUUUGGCUGUGGGGACCUGCUCACAGAGGCCCCCUACACAAAUUUUGCAGGUACGAGGUUGUUCCAGCCCCCUGAGUGGGUGAUGGAUGGAGAGUACCACGGGCGCCCCGCUACCGUUUGGUCUUUAGGGGUGCUGCUCUUUGCCUUGGUCUGUGGCUCUCGGCCCUUCCGCAGAGAGCAGGAUAUCAUCGGGUCCGAACUGCGCUUCAAGGAAGGGGUGUCUGAUGAAUGCAAGAAUUUGAUUCGAUGGUGCUUGCAAAGGGAUCCUGCCAAGAGACCGAUUUUGGAGCAGAUUCUCCAACACCAAUGGAUGACUCGUUAGGGGUGGCGAUGGUGGACUACAUUCAGUUUAUCAGUCUGGAAGGAAAGGAAGAUAUUUGAAAAAUCGAGAGUGUUUUCCAGCUGCACUUUAUUUCCCUGCUUGCAGCAGAACUGACUUGACACAACAAGCGUAAAAGGGUUUUUUUAAAUCGUAAAAUGUGAAUAUAUUGAACUUUUACAUGAUGCUGUAGGUACUAAAUAUUUAUUUUUAUAGUUUUACCCAAUUAGGGAAAAUUAGUAGUGGAUAUGAAUGUAAGAUGGCGCGGCUGUAAAAUUAAUUUCAAAGCCUGAUGCUUUAAUGAAACAGAAAAUAAUUCCCGUGACCCUUCCAUGGAAACAAAAAUGGUUGUCGGCUAUGAAAUGAAUAUUAUUUAUAUGAUUUUGAUUUGUAUUUCUGUAGUUCAACGUGAUGUUAUAUCAGCUUAAAUUAUGCAACUCUUAGAGGGCACAACCUACAGAACAUAGUCCUGUGCACAAUGACAAGUAAGGAGCACUUCCCCAGCUUUCAUUAGGGUACUAACUAUCUUUUACUUACUUUUUGUAAAUACAUGUAAAUAAAAGGCUUUUAAAAGUCAACGUCAAGUCUCACUGACAAAAAUACAGUAUCAUCUGUCACCUCUCUGUCUGGAUUUCUUUCUCUCUGGGAUUUUGAUUUUGAGGCACUCCAAAAUCUGGACACCAAUUGAAUUUAUGCACCCAAGCACAAUUUUUGUGUAACACUGUA